GUGGAAACGGGGCUGCGUUCCAUUGCAGUCCGCCUUCCUACAAGCCUGUAUGAUGCCAACAAAGAGUUGGAAAUCAGUCUUCACUUGAGUAGCAGGUAUGUUUUUUGAUCUAAAACUACGGAAAGGGAACUUGGUUACACACUGUAUUGAUAUAUGAUCUGAUACAACCUCACUAAGAGGAAAGAGGAUGUGACCGAGGCGGAGUGCAGUUGAAUCUGGACGCAGCCCUCUCCUAACCGCGUCGCCGCAGCAGGGUAGCGGAGGAAAGGAGUGAAUUCGAUUAUUGUUCUCUCCGCAAGAAAAGGGAACAUCAACUCCUCACCUAUCCAUCAUCAACGGUUCACGGAAACCGUUUAGUGAACAAGUAGCCGCUGCAGGCGUCCGCGGACACCCGGGUUGCCGCUUCACUCACCCGGGUUAACUGCUUCACCCAACCCAUGAAGCUGUGACUAAACGAGGAGACCAACGACGAACCCGAUCAGAUCGGGUCGAUAUGCAGUAGCCCAGCCCCGGACGGCCCUAGCUGUGACCCCCGGUGAGAACCACCAUGGGACACCCGCCCCUGGAGUUCAGUGAGUGCUACCUGGACAGCCCGGAGUUCAGGGAGACCCUAAAGUGCUACGAGCUGGAGCUGGAUAGGACCAGCCGGUUCCUCAAGGAUGUCAUCAAGGAUGGGAACAGUGUCAUCAACGCCAUCAAGGGUUAUUCUCUGGCAGUACAGAAGUUCUCGCAGACUCUCGGCGUCUUCCAGUUUGACUUCAUCGGAGAUUCGCUCACAGACGACGAGAUGAACAUCGCUCAGUCCUUCCAGGAGUUCGCUGGUCUUCUACAGGAGAUCGAAGACGACCGCAUGAUGCUGGUGCAGAACGCCUUCGAUCUGCUCAUCAAGCCUCUGGAGAAGUUCAGGAAAGACCAGAUAGGAGUGACCAAGGACAAGAGGAAGAAGUUUGAGAAGGAGAGCGAGAAGUAUUAUUCCCAGCUGGAGAAACACCUCGCCCUGUCCGUCAAGAAGAAGGAGAGUCUUCUGCAGGAGGCGGACGACGUCCUGGACAAGGAACGGGCCACCUUCUACGAGUCCUCCGUGGAGUACGUCUACCAGGUCCACCAGGUGCAGGACCGCAAGAAGUUUGAUGUGGUGGAGCCGGUGCUGGCGUUCCUUCACAGCAUCCUCACGCUCAACAACCUGACAGUGGAGAUGACCCAGGACUUCACCCCCUACAAGCAGGAGCUGCAGCUCAGCCUGCAGAACACCAGGAACCACUAUGAAAGCACAAGGGAGGUCAUGGAGGACUUGAUGAAGAAGAUGAAGAACCCGUCCUUCAUCUGUCAAUCACACACCAUGCAGGGAUACCUCUACUGCCACGAGAAAUGGGCUUUGGGGAUGACCUGGGUCAAGUAUUACUGUAAAUUCCACAAAGACAACCGCACCCUGAAGAUGGUCCCCUGCGAGCAGAAGACCACCACCAAGCAGGGUGCUGCGGAGCUCACCCUCAGGUCGUGCAUCCGGAGGAAGUCUGAGUCCAUCGACAAACGCUUCUGCUUCGACGUGGAGACCAGUGAGAGAAACGCUCCGGUGACAUUCCAGGCGCUGUCGGAGGGGAACAGGAAGCAGUGGAUGGAGGCGAUGGACGGGAAGGAGCCGAUUUAUCAUUCCCCGAUUCACAAUAAAGCAGAAAUGGAACUGAAUGAAGUUGGAUUUAAGUUUGUGCGCAAGUGCGUCAACUUCGUCGAAACAAAGGGGCUCACACAGGAGGGUGUAUACAGAACCGUUGGCAGCAACAUCCAAGUUCAGAAGCUGCUGAACGCUUUCUUCGACCCGGUGUGUCCUGGUGAUGUAGACUUCAACAGCGACGACAUGGACAUCAAAACCAUCACCAGCGCUUUGAAGUUCUACCUCAGGAGUCUCUCGGAGCCCCUACUGACCCACGGCCUGCACGACAACCUCAUCCUGGCCGCCAAGUCGGACAACCUGGACCACAGGCUGAGCGAGAUCCACGCGCUGAACUACAAGCUCCCCGAGAAGAACCGCGACAUGCUGGCUCUCCUCAUCAAACACCUCGUCAACGUGUGCAGCCAGAGCGAGGAGAACCGCAUGAUCCCGUCCAACAUGGCGGUGGUCUUCGGGCCUACCCUGAUGAGGGCCAAGGAGGAGACGGUGGCGGCCAUGUUGGACAUCAAGUUCCAGAACAUCGUGGUGGAGAUCCUGAUCGACAACUACCAGAAGAUCUUCUGCAGCGCUCCUCUGGACGGCGCCUCCUGCCCCCCGGUGCCCCCCCCCAGGGUCAACCCCAGGAAACGGCAGCCAAUCACCAUCUCCAAGAGACCGCCGCGCACCUACCCGGGUCUGCACCUCGACCCCCCCUCGCACGCCCCACCCGACGUGCAGAACGGUAGCCCCGCCCCCAGGUACCCCCCGCCCGCCGCCUCGGACCGGGACGCGGGCCCGCCCCCGGUCCCCCUGCAGCGGACCAAACCCCAGGCCCCGGGGGCCCCCAGGGACCCGCCCUCCCGGGACCCGCCCCCCAGGGACCCGCCCUCCAGGGACCCGCCCCCUAGAGAGCCCCCCCCCAGGCAGCCCCUCCUGCCCCGACUGGGACCCGUGCCCCGCCCCGGCGAGAACGGAGAGGCGGGCGUCACCGUGAAGCGCGCCAUGUCGGUGCAGGCCAGGAGGCCGCCUCCCAUUGGAGAUGGCGACGGCGCGCCCAAGACGCGGUCCCCGGAGAAGCAUCACGCCAUCUGCAGACCGCCAGUCCGGCCUCCGGACCCCCCCUCCGCCAGAUCGGCGGAGCCGCCGUCGGCCAGACCCCCGGACCCCCCGCCCAGCCGGCCCACGGAGCCCCCCCCCUCGCGGCCCCCCAUCGCCCAGAGGCACUCCGCGCCCCCCGCCCCCACCGCGCCCACCGCCGACCCCACCGCCGCGUCCUACGUGGCUUCCAAGACCAAGUUCUUUGAGAACGCUUCCAAGCAUGGAGCCAGUCCAAAUGCGGCAGCAACAAUGAAUGUCAAAAAAGAGAACGCAGGGUGAGUCUCCCAGUCACCGGGACCACACCAUCUCGUUCUGGGUUGUUUUGGACCAAGGACCAAAAGAAAUGCCCAGGAGAAGCUGCCAGCGAGUCCAUUUUGGAAAGUGGGAUACUUUCAGAGCAUUACUUUGCUCUCCAAAAGGUUUACUUGUGUCACACUAACGCUGCUUCAAAGGCUCGUCUUCCUGGUGCUUGUUCUAGCGCUUACAAAGUUAAACUGAGGUACAGAUGAAACAUCCCUCGUUACUCCUUGGUUCAACCCCAGCAUGAUACCCCCCAACAUUUUUCCAUGCCAUUAAAACUUCUUAAUCGCCCCAUUGGGUUUUGACUCCUGUUUGAGUCUUGCUUGUUUCCAUGUUCAUGUGGUUUGUGCCAAUUUAUUUUUCCUCGGCUUAAACCAACAGGUACACACCCUCCCUCAUACUGCAUUUGUUGGAAUGCAAUUAAUACAAUUGCAAUUAAUGCUAAUUUGAAUCGUCUAAAGUGACAAAUCUGUGGUACUUAUAAACCUGUCUUCUUGCGGGUGACUAAAGUAUUACGUUUUUUGUUUCUGUAUGUGAAAGCACAGUUGAAUAACUAUUUUGUGUUUAUUUUUUAACUUUAUAAUCGGUUUAAUAGUCUACCUGGUGAUUCAUAUGUUGGACAAUGGGCAGAUUGUAAUGAAGGAUUGGUUGGCCUAUUGUUUAGAUUUAAAAGUCGGACCAGCAGAAAAAUCAGUAGUCUGGUACUUAAGCCAAGGAUACAAAGAGUUUUCAUCUAUUCAGACUUGCUUCAGAACUUCGAGCAUUAAGUGAAACUGGUUCCCAACCGCUUUUUCUCUUUCUUUGUAAGUUUUGGAACUAGGUUUUGAUUCAUUGUGUCUGUAAAUCAUAAAGCAAUUAACAGUGUCUGGGAACUACAGUUACCUUUAUGGUUGACCAAAAUAAAAGCAUAUUUUGGUAGGUGUACAAAACGAAUCCCAGUUACUUUAACAAAAAGCUGUUCACUCUAUUUUGUGUUGCGUGGUGUGCUUUGCCAGACUAGCUUUCGGUUGUACAGUUACAUAUUAAUGGAGCCACAGUCAGUAAGCUAAAUAUGGGAGGAAAAGCAUCGUUAAAGUAAACGAUACAUCUCCCGCAGUGUUUAAUUGUUGUUGUUGCAUUACAUGAUUUCUUUUGAUUUGUUUGGCUUUUCAGGACUCACUUUCAAUGAUUUGUUUUUAUAUUCAAAAGGGACAAUAAAAUACAAUUUAUUGACACGA